GCCAGCUCCCCUAGCCGCUGAGUCCGGCGCCCGCGCCCAGCGCCCAGCGCCCGCAGCCCGCCCAGGCGGAGUCAGCCCGCGCUCCGCCCGCCGCGCUCCGAGCUCGGAGGUCCGGACUCCGGGCUCGCCGCCUCCCGGGCCGGCUUCGCGCCCCUCACUCCUGCGCCCCGCGCCCCAGCGGGCGGAGCGCACCAUGCCGCAGCUGGACUCGGGCGGGGGCGGCGCAGGCGGUGGCGACGACCUCGGCGCGCCCGACGAGCUGCUGGCCUUCCAAGACGAGGGCGAGGAGCAGGACGACAAGAGCCGCGACAGCGCCGCGGGCCCCGAGCGCGACCUGGCCGAGCUCAAAUCGUCGCUAGUCAAUGAGUCCGAGGGCGCGGCGGGCGGCGCGGGGGUCCCAGGGGCUGGCGCCGGGGCCCGCGGCGAGGCUGAGGUCGGGGCCGAGGCUCUCGGGCGGGAACACACUUCGCAGAGACUUUUCCCUGACAAACUUACAGACUCUCUGGAGGACGGCCUGAAGGCCCCGGAGUGCGCCAGCGGCAUGUACAAAGACACCGUCUACUCCGCCUUCAAUCUGCUCAUGCACUACCCACCCCCUUCGGGGGCCGGGCAGCACCCCCAGCCGCAACCCACGCUGCACAACAAGACCAGCCAGCCCACCCACGGUGUCCCCCAGCUCUCCCCUCUCUACGAACACUUCAGCAGCCCACACCCCACGCCUGCACCGGCCGACAUCAACCAGAAGCAAGUUCACAGGCCUCUGCAGACCUCUGACCUCUCUGGCUUCUACUCUCUGACCUCAGGCAGCAUGGGACAGCUCCCCCACACUGUGAGCUGGCCCAGCCCUCCUCUCUACCCCCUGUCCCCUUCCUGCGGAUAUAGACAGCACUUCCCUGCCCCCACUGCAGCCCCUGGCGCCCCCUACCCCAGGUUCACCCACCCAUCCCUGAUGCUAGGUUCUGGCGUACCUGGUCACCCAGCAGCCAUUCCCCACCCAGCCAUUGUGCCCGCCUCAGGGAAGCAGGAACUGCAGCCCUAUGAUCGCAGCCUGAAGACACAGGCAGAAUCCAAGGCAGAGAAGGAAACCAAGAAGCCAACCAUCAAGAAGCCACUCAACGCCUUUAUGCUGUACAUGAAGGAGAUGAGAGCCAAGGUCAUUGCAGAAUGCACACUCAAGGAGAGUGCUGCCAUCAACCAGAUCCUGGGCCGCAGGUGGCACGCACUGUCACGAGAAGAGCAGGCCAAGUAUUACGAGUUGGCCCGCAAGGAGAGGCAGUUGCACAUGCAGCUAUAUCCAGGCUGGUCAGCUCGGGACAACUACGGGAAGAAGAAGAGGCGGUCCAGGGAAAAGCAUCAAGAAUCCAACACAGACCCUGGCUCGCCUAAGAAAUGCCGUGCUCGCUUUGGCCUCAACCAGCAGACGGAUUGGUGUGGUCCGUGCAGGAGGAAAAAGAAAUGCAUUCGGUACUUACCCGGAGAAGGCCGCUGCCCCAGCCCCGUUCCUUCCGAUGACAGUACUCUAGGCUGCUCCGGGUCCCCAGCCCCCCAGGAUUCACCCUCAUACCUCCUGCUGCCCCACUUCCCCACAGCACUACUUGCUAGCCCUGCGGAGCCAGCGCCUGCAUCACCAGGUCUCUCGGCGGCUCUCAGCCUCCCAGCCCCGUGGGCCCCCACAGGCCCCCAGCAGUGCCCUGCAGAGUACACAGGUACAGCAACAGGAAUUUUGGAGACAGGCAGCCUAGCAUGCACAGGACACCUGGUCUCCAGGGACCCAGUCUUUGAGAAGCAGCAACAGAGCCCCAAAGCAUGUGGAAACCAGCCAGGGGCCCUGUUAACUCCUGAGGGUCCAGGUGCUGAUUUCAGAGGCUGCACAACUUCUGCCUAAACCUGGGGCCAUCAAUUCAAACUGCUCCGAGUGGUGCAUCACAUCUGUGUUAUCAUUUGAUUAAGGGCAUCUCCUGUGCCUUGUGGCAGCUUGCAUCUGUUCUUUUUCCAUCCAUCUUGCUAGCCAGAUGCCCCAGCCGCUUUCCCUACCCUGCCUCCCUAGCCCACCUCCCUACUCCCUCCCCAUGCCAGGCACUUCACUUCAUGGACCAAGGAUGAGCUGGUUUACCAAACGUGAGCCUGGCACAACCACAAAGCUCAAGAUGACCAUGCUUUCUCUUAAGGGCCUAGAAAAGCCAUGUUUUACAGAAAACUAGCUGCCAUUUGAAUGCUGGACCAGAGAAAUCCUGCCACAUUCUCAGGAGCUUCAGUAGAUGGGAUGGAAUAAGUUAAGUUUAGGCCUAUCACCCUAGGCAGCGGAAAAACCUGAUACUACCUUAAUCAGGUGUGUGGGUGGUGGGGAUUAUCUGGCUCUCUAGUUCAAAUUACUUGGAAAUGAUUCCUGAGAAACUCAAUCACCUAAGAAGCCCCGAUAGCAAAGCCCCAGACCUGUCACUAGUGACUGUAGUCAACAGUUCAAAGAAGUCAUGGCCCAAAAUCUGGUUUGCAUCCCUCCCCAUUCUGAGAGGCUUUUUCACAGAUCCAUUUCCAGCUUAUCCACCUCAGUCUAGCCAGCUCUUGGGCAGCGGUGAGAAGCCAAACAAAACCAGGCCAGCUUCAGUUUCCCUAUGGGGCACUGGGAAGGAGGACCAUUGCAGCCAAAGCAAGGAGCCCAGAAAACCUCCAGUGGUAGACUGCGCUCUCACCAUAGCCUAAUUAACCCAAUUCUGAGCCAAGCUUCAACCCUGAGCCUUAAAAACAAAAAACAAAAAAAACCCCACCUUUUUAAUUUAACUUGGGUUUUUGGUGCCUCCUCACUGUACAUAGCCUGAAUCCAAAGAAAAAGGGCUGUCCCUGUACCCACACACACCCCUCAACAAAAGCCUUUAGUUCCUCCUUUAGCUACUGGCUUCUCUGAUUCCAAAGAUCAUAUAUUCUACUGUAGUGUUGCAGGAAGUCUUAAGAAAAAAAGGCCAUUGUAGUAUUAAAAAUAUUUUUGUAUUGUUAAAGCAUCAUCAUAGAAAAACUUUUUAAACAUGAGAAUAAAGAUACUUUUUACUGUUUUUUUUUUUUCCUCCCCUCCUCGAGGCUUGACCCUGAGAAAAGCUGUUUCAGGAACAGCACGAUAUCCUUUUCAUCACAGCCAUGAAACUUGAGGUUGAUACGCUGCUAUGGUACACGUUAGACUUUCAACCUGCAGAAGCCAGGGACAACUCUCACCUCCCCUUAUAAAGGGCUUGGGCCCUGCUGAGCUCACGCUAGGCAUAAGCUCCCACUCCAAGCCUUGCCCUUACCCACCAAUCCUAACAACUGAUAUAGGCACAGACCAGCCUCUCCCUCCCCCCAUCAGAAUGGGUUGGGAACUGCUACCCACAGACCCUAAGACAAUCCAACCAGAAACGGUUGCACCUAACCAACCACUAGGCUCCGUUUUGUCUGAGGGUUGAGAUUAGAUGAACCAUUCCAUAAGUACAUAUCCUAUUAUGAGGAAAGUAAGCAAGUCUUUGUAUACUGGUACAAAAUCCAAAAAGGUAUUUAAUAGAACCCUUUCCUCCCAGAGACUAUUAAAGUGAUUGGAGUAUAUUCAUAUUUUUACAUAAAACCUCUGAAUUUGAUAAAUCUCCAACCUACUUUCCAUCGCAUUAGAACCCACUGCUGAGGCCCAUCAUGAAUGUAGAAGGUGGCACAGGGCCACCUCAACAGGCCCACUAGCCACUAGAUGCACUUGAGAACUGUGUGCAACAAGCAGCCACUGGGCCGCCAUCGUGCAUUGUUAAUUUUCACUGACUUAUAUUUUUUAUGUUUAAAAAUAUUUAUAAAUAAAGUCAUCUUGCAGAGGAGUGUCUAUUUAAAGUAGGCCAUUGGAAGUUGUAAUCCUAGACUUUUUUUCUGGAAGGGUACUAGAGACCAGCCAUUCUCUUGACAUCUGUCCCAUUUAAAGAAUUCCGCUCUGGCUACUGGCCUAGAUGUUUCAAAAAACUACAUUCUAACCAAGGCUUAUGCAAGACUGGGUUGCUGCAUCUGAUUAGGUGUCUUAUUUAGAGUACACUGGGUACAUGAACAAUGUACUCUUUGUGUAAGUGAGGGUAGAAGAGGGGGGCUUUGGCAACAUUGUUAAAAUCCAGCCUU